GGUGCCUUUGGGGAGGGAGGUGACCUCUCAGCCUCCUGCACCGGCAUGGCGGGGCUGCGGGGGGCCCGGCCCGCGAAGAGUGGCCCCGGCUGCUGCUGGGCUCUGCCCACCGGGCUGCUGUGUGCCUACGGCUUCUUUUGCAGCGUGCGGCCCUCGGAGCCGUUUCUCACCCGGUACCUGCUGGGGCCGCGCAAAAACCUCACCGAGACGCAGGUGUUCAACGAGAUCUACCCGGUGUGGACGUACUCGUACCUGGCACUGCUGUUCCCCGUCUUCCUGGCCACGGACUACCUGCGCUACAAGCCCGUGGUGCUGCUGCAGGGCCUGAGCCUCAUCGUCACCUGGUUCUUGCUGCUCUACGCCCAAGGGCUGCGUGCCUUCCAGCUCCUCGAGUUCUUCUACGGGAUGGGCACCGCCACAGACAUUGCCUACUACUCCUAUAUCUACAGCGUGGUGGAUGUGGAUCUGUACCGCAAGGUCACCAGCUAUUGCCGCAGUGCCACGCUGGUGGGCUACACGGUGGGCUCUGUGUGCGGGCAGCUUCUCGUGUCCCUGGCAGGGUGGUCCCUCUUCAGCCUCAAUGUCAUCUCCUUGACCUCCAUCUCCGUUGCCUUUGGCACAGCGUGGUUCCUGCCGAUGCCGAAGAAAAGCCUUUUCUUCCACCAUGCUGCCACUCGGUCCUUCAGCUUGGAGAUGAAGGUCAUGGACUGUAAGAAUGGGGCCAUCGUGCAGGACCAGCCUGGCGUGCCAAGGGUGCCUGGAUGGGAGGAUGAGGUCAAAAUGCCCUUAAACAGGGAGGGACAUUCAGCAGAGAAAAAGGAGCAGAAAAUAGAUGCCUUAAAAGUCCUCAAGGAUCUCUGGCGGGACUUCCUGCAGUGCUAUUCCUCUCGGACCAUGCUGUGCUGGUCAGUCUGGUGGGCGCUGUCUACUUGUGGCUAUUUCCAGGUCAUCAACUAUGCUCAGGGCCUGUGGGAGAUGGUGCUGCCUUCUCAAAGCACAGAGAUCUACAAUGGUGGUGUGGAGGCAGCCUCAACGUUGCUAGGAGCUGUUGCAGUAUUUGUUGUGGGUCAUAUAAAAACAUCCUGGGCUAUGUGGGGUGAAGUGGCACUUGCCCUGUUCUCCUUUCUUAUUGCUGCUGCUGUGUAUAUUAUGAACACUGUUCACAACAUCUGGGUGUGCUAUGCAUCUUAUGUUGUCUUCAGAAUUAUUUACAUGCUGCUAAUCACAAUAGCGACGUUUCAGAUUGCUACGAAUCUCAGUGUGGAGCGGUACGCUCUGGUGUUUGGGGUGAACACAUUCAUUGCCUUAGCACUUCAGACUUUACUCACAUUAAUUGUCGUGGAUGCCAGUGGGCUUGGAUUGGACAUCUUCACUCAGUUCAUGAUUUAUGCAUCUUAUUUUGCGGCUAUCUCCCUGGUGUUCUUGGGCAGUGGUGUAUACAGUAUUAUGAGAGCCCACAGAAGACAAGAGCAGGUGCAAAACAGGUCUCCUGAAAGCUGUUAGUGCACUACAUGAAGACUCUGUGGCUACAUAUGAAGACAGAAGUCUAUUUUUAAUCUCUGCCUUUUCUUCCCAAGGCAGUCAUCUUGAUGGUACUUGAUCCAUAUUUAUACUAUAUUAGUAGUACACUUUAAAAGGUAAAUGUAUUAGGUCUUACGUAAGUAAGAACAAAUAUCUUCUUUCUAAAAUGCCUUUUGUUCUUCUGUUGCAUGUUUGGGAUGUGCAAUGAAGAACAAAUCUCAAAAAAAAA